UCACCACUGUUUACCUUUACCUUUACGUCCUACGUCUUGCUGUGCGCCUGUGUUCGUCUUGUUAGCAGUCGGUUGUUGUGCGCGGGGCGGGGAAUAACAGUAUGACACUGGCGGCCACCGUGACCCGCGUUCCUCUCCGCACCAUCAGCCAUGAUAGAUUGGCGUGCGGUGGAGAGAAGAGAAAGAACAGAUUACAAUAAUACACUACCACUACCACAGAGUACAGAGCUGCUGCAGCCGCGGCGGCGGUAGUAAUUGUUGAAUGGUGUUUGUGUGUGUGUGUAUACCUAAUACCUAUGAAAUAAAGAAAAAGAAAGGAGGAAAAUCGUUCUCUCACGUCACCGCCGUUAAUACGAUACGGUCGUCGUUCCCGUACGAGACUGAGUGCACUGCUCGGCGCUCGCUGCGGAUCCUCGGACUUUCGGGAUUCCGAUAAUUUUAUUUCUCUACCCCGUCGGACGAGCGAACGAUAUUAUUUGUCUGCCCCGUUGUCAUCCAUAUAUCUCCGUCGCGUUCAUUGUCCGCACAAAUAUGGUCUUGAGCUUACGAAUUGCGCACCGACGUGCUGCACGCCAAUACGUCAACCGCGGAGACGAUACUUCCCGGUCCUCAACAUCUGUCGCCGAACUCGAAAUAGACGUUUGACUUUUGUACAUUGGUCGUCUAAUCAAUAAUGUCACUGUCAUUUACGAUGUAGUUGAGUCUUUUCGUGUCCGACGAUAGGAAUUUCGCAUUGUGACCAUUCAAAUAGAAGUGCCCAACAUCAUGAUGCGUACAAAACGGCACGAAUCCGAACAGCCCAACAUAUAUGCUCUGCUUCAAGAGGAUCCACUGCGAGAACUGUUUGAAGCUUGCAAAUCGGGUGACUUGAACAAAGUCAGACGGCAAAUAAAUGCCGAGACUGUCAACGCUAGAGAUACGACCGGCAGGAAAAGUACUCCUCUACACUUCGCAGCAGGAUUUGGGCGUCGCGAUAUAGUUGAACUAUUGUUAGCUGCUGGAGCAUCUAUUCAAGCUCACGAUGAUGGUGGACUGCAUCCAUUACAUAAUGCCUGCUCAUUUGGACAUGAGGAUGUGGUGGGUUUAUUACUAGAAGCUGGAGCCGAUCCUAACACUAGAGACAAUUGGAAUUAUACACCUCUUCAUGAAGCAGCUGUCAAAGGAAAAAUUGAAAUAUGUAUAGCUUUAUUACAACAUGGAGCAGAUCCGACAAUUCGAAAUUCAGAAAAUAAAUCACCUAUUGAUUUAGCCAAUGUUAGUGGAGUUCCUGGUAUCAACGAAGUGUUAGUGGGAGAAUGGCGAAAAGAUGAAAUUCUUGAAUCUAGUCGAUCUGGUGAUGAUGCUAAAUUAUCAUCACUCUUAACACCUCUUAAUGUGAACUGUCAUGCAAGUGAUGGACGUAAAUCCACACCUUUACAUUUAGCUGCUGGUUUUAAUCGUAUCAGAUGUGUUCAAUUACUCCUUAGGCAUGGUUCUGAUGUCCAUGCAAAAGAUAAAGGCGGUCUUGUUCCAUUACAUAAUGCUUGUUCAUAUGGACACAUAGAAGUUACAGAAAUGCUUAUAAAGCAUGGGGCUUGUGUUAAUGCUAUGGACUUAUGGCAAUUUACUCCUUUGCAUGAAGCUGCAUCUAAGUCACGCGUAGAAGUUUGUUCCUUAUUAUUAAGCAAGGGUGCUGAUCCAACAUUACUGAAUUGUCAUUCCAAGUCAGCUAUCGACUUAGCGUCCACACGAGAGCUACAAGAAAAAUUAUCUUAUGAAUUUAAAGGUUAUUGUUUAUUGGAAUCAUGUCGUGCAGCUGAUGUCUCAAAAGUUAAAAAACUUCUAAGUUCAGAUAUUGCUAAGUUUAAACACCACUUAACUGGAGAUACUGCUUUCCAUAUUGUAGCUGCAUCAUUGGGUUCAAAGCGCAAGCAAGUUAUCGAACUUUUAUCUCGUAAAGGGGCACAAAUUAAUGAAUCUAAUAAAGAUCUAUUGACCCCUUUACAUAUAGCUGCAGACUAUGGUCAUUUUGAUGUUAUGGAAACAUUUAUCAGACUUGGAGCACGAGUUAAUGCUACUGAUGGACUUGGACAAACAGCUUUACAUCGAUGUGCAAGAAAUGAUUGUUUACAAGGCUGUAAAAUACUUUUGUCGUACAAUAUUGAUACAAACAUAACAUCAAUACAAGGAUUUAAAGCAAUUGAUAUGGCUACUGAUAAUAUUAAAAAAAUAUUACAAGAGCCCCCUGUGGUUUUAGAUUUAGAAUCUGAACUUUUAGAAGCUUCUAAGGCUGGUGAAUUAGAAAAAGUUCAGAGAGUGUUAACUGCUUAUCCUCAUAUUGUGAACUGUAGAGAUUUAGAUGGACGACAUUCCACUCCACUUCACUUUGCUGCUGGAUACAACCGUGUAGCAGUUUGUCAGUAUCUUCUUUCGCAUGGUGCUGAUGUUCAUGCAAAAGAUAAAGGUGGUCUUGUACCUUUGCACAAUGCCUGUUCUUAUGGCCACUUUGAAGUUACGGAUAUGUUAAUUCAACAUGGUGCCAAUGUAAAUGUUUCUGACUUAUGGAAAUUUACUCCACUUCAUGAAGCUGCAGCUAAAGGAAAAUACGAAAUUGUGCGAUUAUUGCUACAGCAUGGUGCUGAUGAUACAAAAAAAAAUCGUGAUGGACACACUCCUUUAGGACUAGUAAGAGAUAAUGAUAAUGAAGUUGCUGAUUUGUUAAGAGGUAAUGCAGCACUAUUAGAUGCUGCUAAAAAAGGCAUACUAGCUCGAGUUCAAAGACUUCUUACUUCAGAAAACAUUAACUGUCGAGAUACCCAAGGAAGAAAUUCUACCCCAUUGCAUUUAGCUGCUGGUUAUAAUAACUUGGAAGUAGCUGAAUUCCUCCUAGAACAAGGGGCAGAUGUUAAUGCCCAAGAUAAAGGAGGUUUAAUUCCUUUACAUAAUGCUUCUUCAUAUGGUCACUUAGAUCUUGCAGCUCUUUUAAUCAAACAUAACACUACUGUAAAUGCUACUGAUAACUGGGGUUUUACCCCAUUACACGAAGCCGCACAAAAAGGACGAACACAACUAAGUGCACUUCUUUUGGCUCAUGGCGCUGACCCUUUUUUGCGUAACCAAGAAGGACAAACUCCUCUUGAAUUAGCUACAGCUGAAGAUGUGAGAUCAUUAUUAACAGAUGCUAUGGCUUCACAUCCCAGUGCAAAUUCAGUAGAAAACAAUGCAUCCACUUAUGUUCCUACACCACCUCAGUUGUCACCAGAAGAAACAGCUACAGUUGUCAUGCCAUCUGGAGCUUCAGUUGCAUUACCUAGUCCUGGUGGAACUGGUAGAUCCUUCAUGUUAGGUUCACAAGGAGAUGGAUCAGUUAAUGGAUAUGAGAGUGCUCACCCUCAUCCAAAUUGUAUAACAUUAUCAACUGUACAAGGAUUCCUCUCUAGUUUAUGCUUGGAACAAUUGAAUGAAAUAUUUGAGAGAGAACAAAUUACUUUGGAUAUAUUGGCAGAAAUGGAACAUGAAGACUUAAAACAAAUUGGAAUUACAGCAUAUGGUUAUCGGCAUAAGCUAAUAAAAGGGAUGGAAAAAUUAGUAUCUAAACAUGGUGGUGUUUGUUCUGGUUUAUCGGGUGGAAUGCCAUGCACGCUUUUGAUUGAUCUAUUACCCGAGGACAAAGAGUUCAUUACUGUUGAACAAGAAUUACAAAGCACUAUACGAGAGCAUCGUGAUAAUGGACAGUCUGGUGGAAUAUUUAAUAGAUACAAUAUUGUCAGAAUACAAAAAAUUCAAAAUCGCAAGCUUUGGGAUCGUUAUAUACAUCGUAAACGAGAAGUAUCAUUGGAAAAUGGUAAUCAAGCCAAUGAAAGAAUGCUUUUCCAUGGAUCACCCUUCAUUAAUGCAAUUGUCCAAAAAGGAUUUGAUGAGAGGCAUGCCUAUAUUGGUGGCAUGUUUGGAGCUGGUAUAUAUUUUGCUGAAAACUCAUCCAAAAGUAAUCAGUAUGUGUAUGGAAUUGGUGGAGGAACAGGUUGUCCAUCACACAAAGAUCGUUCAUGUUAUCAAUGUCUAAGACAUUUACUUAUGUGUCGAGUGACUCUUGGAAAAUCGUUUGUUCAAUACAAUGCGAUAAAAAUAGCUCAUGCACCACCUGGACAUCAUUCUGUUAUGGGAUCACCUAGUGUUGGUGGAUUAAAUUACUCUGAGUAUGUUGUGUAUCGUGGCGAACAGGCUUAUCCUGAAUAUUUAAUUGCUUACCAAAUCGUAAACCCGUCUGAAACUUUGGAAAGUGGGUAAUCUCAGCUCUGCUAUAAGCAAAAUUUUUUUUCUCAAUUACGUUCCUCUUUCAAUUAUUUAAAAACCUAGCAUGUAAUUUAUCUCAAUUAUAAUUUUUUGUCUUUAAUUAAUAAUACAUAAUUAUUAUAUAGAGGAUUUAAAAAAAGAAUACAUACAUUGUUGAUUUAAAUUCAUUAUUAUUCUUAUAAAUAUGUAUAAAACACUGCCUAUAAUUAAGGUUAAAUAAAACCAGGAGCAGUCUAAAACCUUUUAAGAUCCGGGUGCAAUAGUAUUGGAAAUUUUGAGUUUAAGUCUGAAACUUAAUUAAAUGGUAUUAAAAUUCCCUUAACUGGCUUCAAUUUAUAAAAAAUAAACUCAUCGAAAACUAAACGGCAAAAUACUAAAGCU